UCAGUUUCCUCUCCCACUCGCACUGUUUUCCCUCUCUCUCUUCUCUCUUUCCUUCUUUCCUUCUUUCUCUGAACUUUCCCUUUCUCACUCCCACUCUCCUGUCACAUCUGGUGGGGAUCUGGAUCUGAACUGACCAGGGCCGGCCCUGGGAGUGACUGUGUAGUUACUGUGGCUCCUCUCUAUCCUGCUAUGGGACUGUCUCUGGCUGGACUGGAAACCAGACUGCUUUGCCUCUGUCUCUGCUAACCUCCCUCUGUCAGAGAAGAUACUACACUUCGUGUCCUCCUUCGCCUAACCACCGCCGGGAGGCCUGCUGUUCUGACAAUACCUAUCUGACCAUCGGUGGUACAGGGCAGCUCAGGUAGGUUAGGUAGCUGAAGAAGUGAGACGACCAGGCACCACCAGCAGACAUGGCCAGGACAUCUCUGCUGCAGGGCCUGACUGUGUUGCUCCUGGCCUGGGCUCUGGUGCACUGCCAAGCCCCUCUGGAGCCCCAGGAGGAAGAGGAAGAGGACGAUCCCAUGGAGGAGACAGAGAUAGAGAACUUCCUGGUCCCGGCCGUGGCGAAGGUGGAGCCGGUGGUGUGUCCUGGCGAGUGUAGCUGUACAGAGGAGGGAGCAGUGGACUGUGCUGGGGUUGACCUCAUGGACUUUCCUAGUGAGCUGUCUGAGAGCACGCGCAUUCUCUCGCUGCAGGACAAUGACCCAAAACAAAACUCCAGGCUGUGCAAGGGCUAUUUGACCAAGAAGGAGAGUGAUGGAGUGCUGCAUCAGAUGACCUGGCCUCCACAAUCACCCGACCUCAACCCAAUUGAGAUGGUUUGAGAUGAGUUGGACCACAGAGUGAAGGAAAAGCAGCCAACAAGGGCUCAGCAUGUGGGAACUCCAUCAAGACUUGGAAAAGCAUUCCUUAUGUAGCUGUUUGAGAGAAUGCCAAGAGUGUGCAAAGCUGUCAUAAAGGCAAAGGAUGGCUACGUUGAAGAAUCUCAAAUAUAAAAUAUAUUUAGAUUUGUUUAACUCUUUUUUGCUUACUACAUGAUUCCAUAUGUGUUGUUUCAUAGUUGUGAUGUCUUCAUUCAUCUACAAUGUAGAAAAUAGUAAGAAUUAAGAAAAACCGUUGAAUGAGCAGGUGUGUCUGAAAUUUUGACUGAAACUGUAUAUAUACUGUAUGUACUGUAUAUACAUUUUCUUUCUUUCUUUCUUUUUUUCUACAGAACAAAACUAAUUGUAACAUGAAAUGUUUUCUAAAAUACAUUUUGGUUUGUUUAAUACUUUUUUGGUUAGUACAUGAUUCCAUAUGUGUUAUUUCAUAGUUUGAUGUCUUCACUAUUAUUCUACAGUGUAGAAAAUAGUAAAAAAUAAAGACAAACCCUUGAAUGAG